AUGGAUUUCGCCACGCCUCUCCGGAGGCUAACCGCCUCAUCCGUCGCCAUCACCUUCGCUUCCUACUACCUGUGUGAGAGUGCGAGCAGGGGCCCGGUCUUCACCGAGGUCAAGUUCUACGUAUCUCUCUACGUGAUCUGGAUGCUGCACUUCUCCGCGUGGGCGUUGUACCGAAUCAUCAUAUACCCAAAACUGCUCUCACCCCUGCGGCAUCUGCCGGAGCCUACAGCCGACAGGAGUUGGUGGAAUGGCUACAUGCACCGCACCUUCUCCGGCAUGAACGUCGCCGAGUCUGCUCAAUGGCAGAGCGAGAUCAAACACGACGGUGUCUUCAGAUACCUGGGCAUCUUGAACAGCGAGCGGCUGGUCUUCACAUCGGUGGAAGGCGUUGUUGAGGUGCUCCAGCGAGCGAACGACUUCGUCCAACCCCAGCUGUUGGCCAAAAUCGCGGGUCGCAUCCUCGGCCCGGGUCUUGUGCUCGUCAAUGGCGAAGAGCACAAGCGCCAGCGAAGGCUCCUCCUUCCCUCGUUCUCCACGAGGCAGAUUCGCGAUCUGUAUCCCGUGUUCUGGAGCAAGGCCGUCGAGACGACGGCCAAGUUCACUACCCUGGUGCAGCAGACCGCCUCGGAGAAGGGAUUCUCGACGCCGUUCGAGAUUGACUACCAUGCGGGCCACGCCGCAUUGGACUCCAUCAAGAGCCCGGAUUCGGAUCUGGUCCGGAACUAUCGUCGCACCUUCAACCCAACCCGCCUGUGGCAGGCCAUGGCGGUUCUGCUGAAGUUCGCCAUCCCCGCCGGCAUACUAGACCGUAUCCCUAUUCGACAAAACAAGGAUGUCGACACGGCCCGGCAGCUGCUUCGCGACGCUUGUGCCGCCUCAGUGCGCGAGAAGAAGGCUCUCCAGGCCAAGGGCGAGCUGACGACACAUGACAUUAUCAGCGCCUUGAUCCGUGACCGCAAGGUUGUAGAAGACGAGGAGCUGGUCACACACAUGAUGGUGAUGCUCGGCGCCGGCCAUGAGACAGUAGUGGUCGGCCUGACCUGGACUUUGUACGAACUGUGCCGGCGGCCCGAGUGGCAGAAGGCCCUCCGUGCCGAAGCCCGGGCAAAGCUGCCGAGUCCCGACACCAACAGCGAACCGUCGGCCUACAGCACCGAGGUGGACAGUAUGCCGUUACUCAACGCCUUCAUCUCGGAAAGCCUGCGAUACUGGCCCCCCAUCCCGCAGGUGUUGAAGAAUGCCACCGACGACACCACGGUCGCAGGGGUCUUUGUCCCCGCCACGACCAAGGUCGUCGUCAGCAUCUACGGGUUCAACCGCGACCCCCGGAACUGGGGACCCGACGCAGCCGAGUUCAGGCCAGAGCGCUGGUACAGCCGAGACGAGACGACAGGCGCGGUCCGCUUCGAUGCUACCGGCGGUGCUCUCAGCAAGUAUUCCCUCAUGUCUUUCAUCCACGGGCCCCGCGACUGCAUUGGCCGUGUCUUUGCCAGGCACGAGAUGCUGUGCGUAUUGGCCUGCUGCGUUGGGCGAUUCGAGUUCAUCCUUUCAGAUGAGUCUCAACUGGAUGAGAAGAAGGUGGCGGUAUCGGGUGGCGGGUUUUCCUCGAAGCCUCUGCAUGGCAUCGAGGUCAAGGCGCGCCAAGUGCCAGGGUGGUGA